AGGAUACAGUGAGAAGCCGGCUGGUUUGCGAGGUUCGAGAUGUCCGCCGUAACCAGCCCAUAUUGCCCUGCGGAGAUGCUUUCCGACUCGGUCUACAACUACGCGACGACCCGACGGGGCGCCGCCGAUCAGGACAGCGACUCCCAGUACGAGGCCCAGGCCCAGUUGCAGAUCACCAGCAGCAUCCAGAGCAAACCACGGAACAAGCGAAAGAACUUCAAGCCCAUAAGCAGCCGGAUGGCUGAGAUAUCCGACGAAUCUGAGAGAGACGACGAUGAACCGGAGGUCGUGGAGGAGAAUUCCAGCGAGAUUCUUGAGUACGAGAGGAAAACGAUGCUGUUACCGGCCGACGAGAGAUCGAAACAGAGACUAAACAACAACGAGGCCAGUCCGAUGGACCUCUCGGUCACCACGAAACCGCCGUCCUCCGAGGCCGACGACGAUAGCGCGGACUCUCUCAGGCACAAGUUCAUCCUCGAGCAGCUGAGGUCGCAGAAGUUUUACUCCCCCGGUACAGAGGCGAGAAGCCCAAACUCCGAUUCAUCGGAUAGAAGUGGGAGCGGCGUCUUGGACGCGGAAUCGUCUCGCUUGGACGAUCAGGACAUCCAAUUCGAAGAUGAGCGUGCCAACGAUGUCGACGGCGAAGUCGAGAUCGAAGAGCGGAAGCCCUUCGAGGGCAUGAAGGAAUACGCAGAGUCAACGAUGCAAGAACUUUUGGCAAUCUAUGGGCUGGCGGGAGGCGAACUGGCGAAAUCGGUCAGCAGGCAACUGCCGCCCACGUUCCUCAACCCGAACGUUGGCCAGCUUGCUCAAGGAAAAAUAAAGAUAAAGGAGGAGAAGGACGCCUCGUCGAUGGCGCCAGGAAGUCCACCUACGCCUCCGCAUACCCCACAAAGUCCACAACGUGCGAUCCCGUCUCUUAGCAAUUUAUCGCAAUCCUGUCAAACGUCAAACGCAAACUCACCGAAUUUGCAGCAGCAACAGCAAUCGCAACAGCACCAAUUGCAGGAGCAACAACAGCAGCAACAACAUCCCGUACAUGCCAUGACUAAUUCACCGUUGAGUCAAAUACUGGUGCAGAAUCCGGCAUUGGCACAAUUGCUGCAACAGAAUCCAGCGAUCUUGUCGCAGAAUCCUCAGUUAGCGCAGCUGCUACAGCAGAAUUUGCAGGCCCAGAUGGGCAGCGUGCUCUUUCAAAAUGUCAGGCGAGAAGAGUCCGACGAUUCUAGGGUACCGCCGACAAUAGCGAGCCUGGUGGCGAUGAAGGUGGAGGCAGCUGACCCGAUUGUUUCCGCCUUGCCCAGGCAGAGUAUGUCUCCGGUGGCGGAUUCUAUGAUGAGUGGUACCAGGACAUCCACAGUGUCCCAACCAAUCACCGAUUAUUCCCGAUACAUGAUAAGAUAUGCAUCCAGUCAAGAAUGCGGCUGUACGUACUGCAUGGAACUGGGUUGUAGGGAGCAUUUUCAUUGUCUGGACUGUAGCGGAAGAGUAUUUGUGAAGAAGGAGGAAAUGAUCAGGCACUUCAAGUGGCAUAAGAAGAGAGAUGAGUCCUUGCAACAUGGAUUCAUGAGAUAUUCGCCGACGGACGAUUGUUCGGAAAAGCACCCUGGUCGAUCCUGUCCGCACAAUAGAAAGCAGACCCACUAUCAUUGCAUUCACGAGAAUUGCGACAAGGUGUACAUAUCGACAUCAGACGUGCAAAUGCACGCGAAUUACCAUCGCAAAGAUUCGGCCAUCAUACAAGAGGGCUUCCAGCGAUUUCGGGCCACCGAAAGUUGCGCGACUGAUCAUUGUCCGUUUGUUGGACAAAGGACCACGCACUUUCACUGUCGUCGACUGGGAUGUCGGUUUACGUUCAAAAAUAAAGCCGAUAUGGACAAGCACAAGUCUUAUCACAUCAAGGACGAGCAACUGUCGCGCGAUGGUUUCAAGAAGUUCAUGAAAUCGGAAACCUGCCCUUUCGAUCAAUGUCGAUUCUCCCGGGUUUGCAAUCACAUUCAUUGUAUACGACCGCACUGUAGUUACGUUCUGCAUUCGUCCGGUCAGCUCUUUUCACACAAGCGAAAACACGAACGUCACGAGUCAGAAAUGGCUUAUAGGAAGUACAAGCAGGUCACUGCAGUAGGUGGUAUUCGUCCACCUGGAUCAUGGGCGCCGGACGAAUUGAGCACUCAAAGUUUAUCUUUAAGUCUGAACGGUGAGAGCUCAAACGAAGACAGAGGUUCUCCGUCGUACUACUCUUUAGAAGAUUCAUUUCAAAGCGCGAACGAUCUCGCUAUGGAUCUCACCGCUCCGACCACGACCAUUACGGCCAGCGGAAGUUCCGUUAAUCUCGAUCAGCAGCAACAAUCUCAACAACUCACCGCCGCCGAAUUAGCCUAUCUGGUACCGGCCACCUCGGAUUGCGCCUGUAACGCAAGCAGAGAACACCAUCAUUGUGGAUUAGACCGCUGCGGAGCGAUCUUGAAGGAUCCCCGGGAAGUAAGAGAACACCUAAAGGAACAUGAGACGCAGGAACGCAUAACGGACGCUUUCUUUGAAGAGGGCGGUUGCGAUGACAGUUGUCCGUACGCGGACAAAGAAAAGCAUUAUCAUUGUAAUUGGGAGAACUGUCGAGAAGUGAUACUUUCCACUGACAAGCCGUUUCGUAGAUUGCAGCAUUACAAAAUUCAUGAGUAUAGCCGGCAAUUAAAUCUUUCUUGUUCCUCGCACGCUCUUUCCUCUGAUAUCACGUUAACUCAUCUGACGAAUAUAGACGCGAUGUUCAGACGAAAGCGUGGUAGACCUCCUAAAAAUCGCGUGAUAGAAAUUUGGUCAGGCGGCGACCCCGCGACACACACUCACGAUUCGCCGCAAGCGAUCUUCACGAGUUUUAAGCUCCCCAAACCGCAAACUCCUAAUUUAACAUCUAAUAUGCUAAUGGAUGAUCGAGAGAGCAGCGUGUCGCCCUCGAACAGUUUGGGCGAGCCUGAUGGAUUUGCUACGUACAAUUCAGAAGGAUGUCCGGACACGGCCUGCGUGCUCAGAUCAACCAGGCAUCAUCAUUGUACGCAGUUACGAUGUCAUUUUUCCACUGAUCGGCCAGACCAACUACUCAUGCAUAGUAAGGAUUUCCACGAUAAUGUCGACAUACCGCCAGGCUUUGCCUUCUAUGACAAGAUGGUCGACUGUCGAUUGGCUGGCUGCCACAGUAAUCGCGUUAAUCGGCAUUUCCAUUGUACUAGACCGAAUUGCGGGUACUCGUUUGUUAGAUAUUCAACAAUGGCAUUACACGAGAAGCAACACUCCUCCGGUCAUGUCGAGUCCUGUGGUCAAGAGUCGAGCAAUCAAGAAUGUCAAACGCACCUUCAAUCUUUGGUCCACGAGACGAAACCUAGAAUCCAGGUGAAAAAUCCUGCCGAGUUAAUCGAGAAGCCUGACGAGAGUCUGACAGUUGCUGAUCAGGAGAACAGAUUGAUAAUCGAGGACAAGGAAUCUGAACUUGCGAGUCCCGACAGCGGUAAGACUACCGUGGUGAGGGCGGCUGGCACCUAUUAUCCGGUUAGCGGACCGCCGAGCGAACCCGCACUUCCGGGCGUUGUGCUAUCCAUGCGAACUUCCGUGCACCAAGAAUCGCCGAUCAUGCCGUCUAUGAGCACUACCUCGCCGCACACUCUAUAUGGACCGGAACAAAGCUGUAGCAGGCCGUUCUGCAAGUUGAAACGCAAGAAUCAUUAUCACUGCAACGCGUGUAAUCAAGCUUUCUCCGAGUUAGAUCGUUUAGUUGCUCAUAUAGCGAAGCAUUCAACCGGCGCUAUUCUCAGCCAGCAGCAACACGACAUGGUUAGUCCGUCGCCUAAUCAGCUACAGCAUGAUUACAUUACGCAAAUGUCACAGAAGCACGAUUUUAUGUCAUCGAAUGCACAAAUGGCUCAGAACAUUCAGAGUUUUCAAAGUCAAAUGCAGCGGCAGAUGCAGCAGACUCUCAACCAACAAUCUCAAUCGAAAGACGUCAAGUUGGAGAAAUCGAGAUGUAGUAUCGAUAUUGGUGUGCAAAAUGUCCCGAACGUUAAGCGGGAACCGUCCGAAAUUACAUGUAGGGACGAAGGCAACAAUAUUGCGAUAGACAGUCACGAAAACGGUCAAUUGGCGCCAAUUCAGCCUAGUAAUGUGCAACAGCCUCCGAUUCCGACAAGCUUCGAACUCGAUCUUAGUCACGGUUUUCACUUUCCGAGUCCCGCUGUGAUGGCUGCGAUGAACCAACAGAUCGCCCUAAUGAAUCAGGCUUUACCGCCAUUUCUUCAGCAUGGUGGGAUGUAUGCCGGUGGACCUGGACUGAUGUUUGCGCCAGGAUUACCACCGACCAAUUUUCUCCCACCUGCGAGAGACGAAAAUCCUCUAGCUUCACUGGCAGCUAAUCUUAAUCUGAACAAACGAUCUCUCUCACCCCCAGACGUUAAUUCGCCGGAAGCCAAGAAGCAAAGACUUCAUCAUUCAAUGCGUAUGCUAAAAGACGAGCCUGUACCAGAAGGAUAUGUCAGAUUCAGAUUCAACGAGGACUGUAGGUAUCCUCAUUGCGGCUACAGAGAGCAUCAGACUCACUUCCACUGCAUGCGUCAGGACUGUGGCUAUUCAUUUUGUGAUAAGACUCGAUUUGUGCAACAUACCGCAAGGCACGAACGGCUGGAUACCUUGAUGGGAGGUGAUUUUCAGCAGUAUCGAGCCAACGUGCCGUGUGGCAGAGCUCAAUGCGCGUACACAUCAUCCCUCGGAUCGAUGCAAAAUAAGGCGUCGCACUUUCAUUGUUUAAAGUGCGAGUUCGUAUGUACAGACACCAAUAAAGUAGUUGCUCAUAGGCGGCAACACGCUAAGUUAGAUAGCAUCGCAGCGGCUGGCUUUCAAAAAUUUACACCCAGCCAGCCGUGCGGUGCUGCCCAAUGCCAGCAUUCCGGAAAACAAACGCACUAUCAUUGUUUGCAAUGCCAAUAUGCGGUAUUGGGCUUGGCGCAAAUGUCGGCGCACAAAUACCGACAUAUGGAUGUGUAA